AUGUCUUCGAUGUCCGCCACCAACGGCCACAAUGAGGCCUGCUGCAACAUUCCUCCGGUCGUAGCCGAUGGAUACGUGCCCAAGGGCGCGUACGAACAGCUCGGUGGCCUCAAAACAUACGUGACUGGCGAUGCCGGCGCCACCAGAGGCAUCAUCUCUAUCUUUGAUAUCUUCGGCUACUUCGACCAGACGCUCCAGGGCGCCGACAUCCUCGCGGCGGGCGAUGGCCACAGCCGGCAGUACAAGCUCUUCAUGCCAGAUUGGUUCAAGGGGAAUCCCUGCCCGGUGGAGUGGUACCCCCCCGACACCGAGGAGAAGCAAAAGAACCUCGGCGAGUGGUUUGGCCAGCACGCUCCAACCACCACCGCCGACGCGUUGCCUGACUACGUACGGGCAGUGCAGGCGGCCAAUCCGGCCAUUCAAUCAUGGGGUUUGAUCGGGUUCUGCUGGGGCGGCAAAGUCACCGAGCUCAUCACCUCCAACCCGUCCAUCAACCCCUUCAGCGUCGCCGCCGCCGCUCACCCCGCCAUGGUCGAUCCGGCCGGCGCGCCCUCCAUCACCGUGCCCUACAUUCUUCUUGCCUCGCAGGAGGAACCCGCUGAGACAGUCCAAGUCUUUGAGGAGGCUCUCAAGGUGCCGCACCACGUCGAGACGUUCGGCGACCAGGUGCACGGCUGGAUGGCGGCGCGGGCAGACCUCAGCGAUCCCCGCGUUCGGGAGGAGUUCUUGCGCGGAUAUCAAACCGUGGUGAAGUUCUUCGCUGAGAAUUGGCCAUAA